AAAAAAAAAUUUAUUUUAUUUCGAUUUCUUUUAAUAUUUUCUUUAUCACAAGUUAUUUUAUAAUAUGAAAAAAGAAACUUUCCAGAUUAUGAAAAGACCAGGUAUUGAAAAUGAACCGAUAAAAGUUCAAACAAACUUCUUUGAAGUUACUAAGUUGCCGAAAAUGAAAAUUACACAUUAUGAUGUAACGAUAAGUCCUGAGGUACCCCCGCGAUUAAAUAGGAAAGUAUUUGCCUGUUUUUCGGAGGAAAACAAAAAUGCCCUUGGGGGUGUAAAACCAGUAUACGAUGGAAAAGCAAAUAUGUUUACACAUAAGAAAUUGCCAUUUGAAAGCAAAAUUUUUGAAGUGGAAUUAGAGAAAGGUAGUGCACCCAUGACUAAAACACGUCCACCUCAAGGAUUUAAAAUUGUAAUAAGAAAAGCUAGAGAUAUUGACAUGGAAGACCUAUUCCAAUUUUUAAAUGCAAAAGGCAAUAUGACCAACAAUUGCAAAAUGGCAAUAAAUGCAAUGAACAUCAUUAUCCGUCACGAGAUUUCUGCAAAAUAUCCUACUUUACGUAAUCCAUUUUACACUCCGCAGGGAGCUACGUCCCUCCGUGAGGGUAUGGAGGCUUGGCAGGGGUAUUACCAAUCAGCACGUCCUACAAUGGGUAAAAUGAUGAUUAAUAUAGACUUAAGUGCUACCACUUUCUAUGAAGGUGGUCCACUUAUUCAGAUGGUUGCAAAAAUAUUGGGUCUCAGAUCUCCCAAUGACCUACGUAGAGGAUUAUCAGAUAUGGAACGUCAAAAAGUUGAGAAGGGAAUAAAAAAUCUUAGAAUAAAUGAUAAUCAUAGACCGGAAAAUAAACGAAAAUUUAAGAUUGAGAAAUUAACUCAAACUUCAGCUUCUGACACUAUGCUUGAUGUAGAUAACAGUAAUAAGAUCAAUGUGGAAACCUAUUUUCAAAAUAAAUAUAGACGUUUAUUAUACCCAUUUCUUCCUUGCAUUAUCGCAAGAAAAAAUAUUCAUCUCCCGAUUGAAAUUUGUGACGUAAUUCCGGAACAACGAUAUAUGCGGAAAUUGGAUAGGGAUCUAUCAGAUAAAAUGACGAACUUUGCUCGUCAAAAUCCGACCAUUCGGGCAAAUAGGAUUCAAACUGGUCUCAAUAUAUUAAAUUACCAAAAUAACGAAUAUCUUAAACAAUUUGGGAUAGAAGUAUCAAACAAUAUGGCUGUGGUAAACGCUAGAAUUCUCCCAACUCCAACAAUUCAAUACCAUCAGUCAUCAAGGGAGAGUUGUGUCCGGCCAAAUUGUGGAUCGUGGAAUUUACGGGAUAAAAAAGUAAUAAAUGGUGCCAUCCUCAGCUCAUGGUCAGUUUUGGCCUUUUUAAGUUAUAAAGACUUACCUGAUCAAGCUAUUAAGCUUUUCGUGAGAGAAUUAAUUACUACAUGUCAAGAUACGGGAAUGAAUAUCUCAGAGAGGGAUCCUCCUAUAUGUCGCGCAAAUCCUAUAGGAGAUACUAAAGAAUCAUUACAAAAAGCUUGGUUGAAGGCUAGAGACAAGGCGUGGGGAGCUAAACCACAGCUUAUUCUUUGUAUUCUUCCAAAUACUGGAUUAUAUUUAUAUGCUGAAAUUAAACGUAUUAGUGACACAGUUAUUGGUAUCGCAACACAGUGUAUCCAAAGUAAACAUACGAACAAACCGGUAAAACAAUAUUGUGCAAACGUUUGCCUAAAGAUGAACAUUAAACUUGGAGGAGAGAAUUCAUUCCUCAUUCCUGAACAUAUUCAAUUCUUGGUAGAUGAGCCUACUAUUUUGAUGGGCGCAAGCGUUACUCAUCCUUUGUCUGGCAAUAAUGAAGGUCCAUCUUAUGCUGCCCUAUGUAGUUCUGUGAAUGUUAAGGCAUCAUGUUAUGCAGCAUCAAUUAGAGUUCAAAGUCAUACCGAUAUAUUAACAGAUUUAGCAAAUAUGGUUAAAGAAUCGUUAAAAACAUUUUAUCAAGCUUGUGGGUUAAAACCCAAAAAAAUUUUAUUUUACCGAAACGGUGUUUCAAAGAGUCAAUUUAUGUAUGUGCUAGAAAAUUUUAUUCCUGCUUUUUUUUUAACCUAUUUAAUUCUACAGACGCGUGUCAAAAAAAAUGCUGAUAAAUCAGGAAAUUGUCUUCCUGGUACUGUUGUCGAUAUGGACAUUACACAUCCAUUUGAAUUUGAUUUUUAUUUAUUAAGUCAUGCUGGACUACAUGGGACGUCUCGGCCAACUUAUUAUCAAGUUUUAUAUGACGAAAAUGGAUUUGAUGCAAAUAGGUUACAAACUUUAUCUUAUAAUCUCUGUCAUACUUAUGUGCGUUGUACACGUGCAGUAUCUUUGGUAAGAUUUUAA